AUGGUAAACCUAAAUGAAAACAAAGUUGAUCAUAUAACUGAUAUCUUAAGAGGCUCCUAUUCUCAUACAUCAUUUUUAUCAUUAAGGGACUCAACAAGACGUCGUGGAUAUGGUUCUGGUAAGAGACCUGGUUUGAGUUCAAAUUCAAGUAAUGGCUCAUACACUUUUCUGAAAUUACAGAAUUUAUCAGAGGAUAAAAAAUGGGAAACUCUGGAGGAUUUUAAUUUAGAGGAGUUGAGAGACGAAUUUUUUGAUCCAAUUUAUACAAAACCAGAAAGUUCUAACGAAUUUACUGAUGAUAGUGAAAUUGAAUCACUAAUCUCAGGAAAAAAGAAAUCAAUAAAUAACAAUGGUUAUAAUAUUUUACUUUUUUCUGAGCUGUAUCAAUCUUUUUUUCUUUCUCCAAAACAAAUAUGGGAAGAUUUCUAUUCAUAUAAGGUCUCAAUUUUUAAAUUCUUCAUUGCAUAUUUUAUAGCAAUGGUUAUCUGUGUUGUUCACCGUUCAGGUAAUUGGAUAGGCCACCAGUACCGGUAUUUUUUACCAUUAGCAGUAAUAAUUCACCAUCCAGUUCGUACUAUUGGGGUUCAACUAGAGAUGACACUUUUUUCCAUUUUAGGUGGGGCUCUUGGUAUGGGUUGGUCAGCAUUGGCCUGGUAUAUAUCCACCGCUACUAAACCAGUAUCUAAUCAUCAAGGUGGUAUAUUAUUUGGCAGUUUAGUCAUAGCGUUAAUGUUUUCUACUUGGUCUAAAUCUUAUUUCCAAAGAUUAUUAUAUUUUGGUAAAACUUUUAGUAUUGCAGUUAUCUUUUUUCACACUGUCGACACUGUUACCUCUAAACAUGAUUUGCGUUGGAAAUUAUAUUGGGAUUUCGGUAUAUCUUAUUUAUUUGGAUUAUUGUUGUCCCUUUUAAUCUGUGUUGUAGUAUCCCCUCAUAGCGGCAAUCAAGAAAUUAUGGAAAAUUUUGUCGAAUGCAUUGCUGAUACAAAAUGCUUUUUAACAUCCCUAAUAAAUCUAGAAUUUUUUGAUGAUAAUGAUAAAAAGCAUUCGAAGCAGACACAAAUGGUUGCAUCAUUAAAUGUGGGGCUGUCAGAAGGCUACAGAGAAUUUUCUAAUCAAUUUUCUAUUAGUAAGUUUGAUUCGAAAAAUUUAUCAGAAUUAAGAAAUUUGGUAACAAAGGUAAUCAGUCCUUUAAGAGUUUUACCUAUUGACAAUAAGUUAUUCGAUGGUGAAAAUAUUGAAAACCUCUAUAAUAAUUUAAAAAGCGCUGACAUGAAGAAUAGUGCAUUAAAUAAAAGUCAGAUAGCUACUAACCUAGCUUCCCCAACCUUUUCACUAUCUGGAGCAGUUACUCCAAGUCAAUCAAGAGAUUUUAUAAGAGAACCAUCGAUUACUAUUAAUGAGCAAGUAAACCUACAGAUAUUAAGAAAUCAUUUUACAAGUGACGCAUUCAUGCUUCUAACAGAAAUGAUUUUAGUAUUGGAAGACAUUAUAGAGACAUUAAAUAUAUAUCAGAAAAGAAGGCUUUCCUCUAAAGACUUAGAUGAAAUCCAUAAUUCAUUAGAAACCGCAAAGAAGAAGUUAAAAAGAAAAAUCUACAGGUUAGAUAUUACAUACAGAGAAUUUACAAUGACAAGUUAUUUUACUAAGGAGAUGCUUAUGGAGACACACUCAGUUAGUAUCUUUUUAUUUUUAAGAGGGAUAAGAAAUGCAUCAAAACAUUUAUUACAAGUUAUAGAUUGCUGUAAUAAAGUUGGAAAUGAUAUCCGCUGGAGGAUAGUUCCAAUGCACUAUCCUUUAUAUAGAUCUUUGCACAGAGUUCCAAAACAAUGUUCUAUCGAUGAAGGUGCAGGUAACGUGUUGAAUUAUUUUGAAACAAAAAGAGACGUAGAUGAAAUUUUUGAGAAAUUAUACAAUACUUAUACUUCUAGGCAUAAAUAUAGUAAAAAAAUGGGGGAUGGUGUUCCUUAUAGUGUAAGGGCAAUUGAUCACGAAGACUUCAAUUUACAUACUACUACAAAUAAAUGGAGGUUAACAUUAUGGCAUUUUAGUACUCUUUUGGUUGGCGAUGAGAUGAAGUGGUCAAUUAAAAAAGUUUUUGUGAUGGUGUUCUUAUGCCUGCCUGCAUGGCUACCGGAAUCUCAUGGAUGGUAUCAACAGUAUCAAUGUUGGUGGUGCCCUAUGUCAUUCUAUCUACUUUCUCACAGAAAAUAUUCAGGUAAUUGGCACACAUUAAUGAGAAGGUUAUCGUUUUGCUUAAUCGGAAUAUUCUGGGGUUGGGCGGCAAAUCAGGCCAGACACUUCGGUAGUCCAUAUGUCAUAUGUACCUUUAGUGGCCUCUUGGUUAUUCCAAUUGCUUUAAACAUAUUAGCAUAUAAGAAUACAAGAUCUAGCUUUACUACAAUGAUGUGCUUCUCUGUUAUUGUUUUGGAAACAUAUUCUCAAGGAAGAGAUGCUUUAAAUACUGCUAGCAUUUGGAAACAUACAUGGGUGACUGGUUUAUCUUUUAUAAUAGCCGUAAUAAUUUCAAUCCCAAUUAAUUGGACAGUAUGGUCAUUUAAAGCACGUUCUGAAGUAAGAAAAUCUAUGUUUUCCUUGUUGGCUCAUAUUAGUCAAUCGUAUCAAUCUGUUACUGAUAGAUACUUAUAUCGUGAUGUGAAUGAUGCCCCUACUGAUUUUACUCUUGCAUUGUCACACAUUCGAGAAGUAAGGUUAGGUCAGCAUAUUGAAGCUAUAAGAGCAUUAUUAGAGAAAUCCAAAGCUGAACCAAUUUUUAUUUCAAAUUUUAACCCUAAAAAGUAUUUACAAUUGAUAAAUCUAUGUGAAUUGUUAUCAGAAAGGAUAUUAGAAGCAAGGAUUUCAGGGACAUAUUUUGAAGUUUGGAAAUUUGACACUGAUACCGACACAACCAGAGCUUUGUUAUCCCUUCGUAGAGAUAGUGUCUCUUCAGUAAUUUUCGUUUUAUACAUUCUAUCGAAUUGCUACAGAUCAAAAAACAAAAUACCCAGAUAUUUACCAAGUACAAUUAUGUCAAGAAAGAAACUAUACAAAUUUAUCUCCAAAUUUGACUUGUCUGAUGACGGCAAAGAAUUCAAUAAUAAAUAUGUUUCUUCUGCUAACAUUAGUCUAAUCAAUAGUAAACUGAUCCCAUCAGAAAAACUAGAUACAAACACAUAUGAAGAUUUUGAAAAAACUCAUUGGAGCAUUAUACAUAGGAUAGCAUUUGAAAGGGCUUUCACUGACAUAUCAGAGUUGCUUCAGCACGUUAUUAACCUUUCAAAAGACAUAUUAGGUGAGGAACCUGUUUAG